AGUGACAGAUAGGAGAACGAGCACGGAAGUCAAAUUUCUGCAUGAGUGGGGAGCUAACAUGACGCAGCCCAGACUCCCAGUGCAGGCUAGCAAUGGGUGAUGGCUCAGCAGGCCGGGGCUGGGCGCAGGUAUAUCCGGGCGUUUGUGAGCGGCUUCUUCGUGGCAGUGCCCGUAACUGUGACUGUUCUGGACCGCUUUGCCUAUGUAGCACGAGUAGAAGGAGCCUCAAUGCAGCCUUCCCUGAAUCCUGAGGGGAAUGUGACAGGGUCUGACGUGGUGCUCCUGAACCGCUGGAGUGUGAGGAACUACCAAGUACGUCGAGGUGACAUUGUGUCAGUCCUGUCUCCCAAGAACCCCCAGCAGAAGAUCAUCAAGCGGGUCAUAGCCCUUGAGGGAGACUUCAUCAAGACGCUUGGCUAUAAGAACCGCUAUCUCAGGGUCCCUGAUGGCCACUUUUGGAUCGAGGGGGACCAUCACGGCCACAGUCUGGACAGCAACAGCUUUGGACCGGUGUCUCUGGGGUUGGUCCACGGCCGUGCCUCCCACAUCAUCUGGCCACCCAAUCGGUGGCAGAGGAUCGAGCCGUCCCUCCCCCCUGAGCGGAAGCCCUUGUUGAACUGGCACGGGGACACAACAGAGGAGGAGGACUGAGGAGAGGCCUGCUCAUGGCUCUAUACAUACUGUACCUACCUACACUCUCUCUCUCUCUCUCUCUCUCUCUGUCAUACAGUACAUGUGAAAAUGUCAUAAUCCUUUGAUGUGGCACAGUUAUUAUAUCUCUUUGUUGAGAAGCUGAAUAUGUCAAUGGAUCAGAUACCCAUUACCCAUACAGUUGCGGCCAAAUAUAUUGGCACCCUUGCACUUUUCUUAAAUAAUUGCCUAUUUUUUUCUACAAUAAGUUGAAAAAUAAAGUUUGGUCUCCACACCUUGUUUUUGGGAUAUUCAACAUUGCAGAACCUAUUUUAUUUUUGUAAAUAUAAGUUGAACAUUUUUAUUUAAAAAAAUAAAGACCAAUGGCAUGGACAUAAUUAUUGGCACCCCGGAACUAGUACUUGGUUGCACAGCCUUUGUCCAAGAUAACAGCCAAGAAAUGCUUCUUGUAGCCAUCAUGAGCUUGCUGCACAUUUCUACUGUUUUCACCUCUCGCCAUAGGUUAUGGAUAUGAUUCAGAUCUGGACUCUUCACUGGCCACUCCAGAACAGAUUUAACCUUGAACCUUUUCAGGGUGAUUUCUAUGUAUGUUUGGGGUUGUUGUCCUACUGUGGAAGACAGUUUUUGGACACUGGGUUGAACAUUGCACUCCAAAACACCCUUGAUAAUCUGCUGAUGUACCAGAGGCAGCAAAGCAACCCCACAUCAUUAUUGAACCUCCUCCAUAAUUGAUUUUAGUCAUUGGUAAACAUAGGAAGACCCCACUGCUGAAGGAGACAAGUAAGCCUGAUUGAACUUCUCAAAAACCCACCUAAACAAGGCUAACUCCUGGGGGGGAAUGCUCUGUGGACCAAUGAAACAAAAUUAGAGUUCUUUGGCAAUACAGAUCAGCAUUCGGUAUACUGGCCUCCAAUGAAGCAUUCAAUGAAAAAAGAACCCUCCCUACAAUGAAAGAUAAGGGAGGUUUGAUAAUGCUGUGGUGUUGCUUUGCUGGUACUGGGGACCUUGACCGUGCACAAUGACAUGAAAUCAUCAGAAGAUCAGGUUUGUUGUGGUCCAAUGUUCAACCCAGUGUCCAAAAGCUGGGUCUCCAUUGGAGGUUGUGUCUUCCAGCAGGACAGCGAACCCAAACGCACAUCAAACAGCACCUGGGAAUGGUUAAGAAGAGAUGUUGGACUGUUCUGGAGUGGCCAGCGAAAAAUACAGAUCUGAAUUACAUCCAAAAGAUACGGCGAGGUCCAAUAUGGCGAGCUGUUGGUAAAGGGCACCCAUCAAAUGUUGAAUAAUUACAGCAGUUUGCUUCUGAAAAUUGCUAGUAGAAAGGUACAGAAAGCUCAUUGAUGGUUACAAGAAGUGUUUGUCUACAGUUAACUUGGCCAAAGGUUGUGCAAGUACUAGCUACAGAGUGCCAAUUAUUUUGUCCAUGCCAUUUGUCUUUGUUUUCAACAUUAAAAUUGUAAAUUUUAUGUUUACAAAAAUAAAAUAGUUCUGCAAUAUUGAAAAUCUAAUAAGUUGACAAAACAUUUUUUUUUUGUCAACUUAUUUUAUAAGAAAUAGGGAAUUAUUUAAGAAAAGUAUGAAACUGUCUGUGGCCAAUUGUAAAAAAUAAUAAUAAUAAAAAUAAACAUUUUGCAACCAUGUAAUGUGAACAACUGAAUGCUGAGAUAUAUAUUUGUGUGUUGUGUUAUCAGAAUUUCAGACUAGUGCAGUACCAUGUUAUUAAAUGUAUGGAAAGAUUCAACUAAAACUGGCUUGGCUUUGAAGGAGCCUGUGGCAUGAAAGGCUGAUUGAAACUACCUGGAUUUAUAGAUUGAACAGUUGAAGUCGGAAGUUUACAUACACUUAGGUUGGAGUCAUUUAUAACUCGUUUUUCAACCACUCCACAAAUGUCUUGUUAACAAACUAUAGUUAGAAGCUUCUGAUUGGCUAAUUGACUUCAUUUGAGUCAAUUGGAGGUGUACCUGUGGAUGUAUUUCAAGGCCUACCUUCAGACUCAGUGUCUCUCUGCUUGAUAUCAAGGGAAAAUCAGCCAAGACCUCAGAAAAUUUAUUGUAGACCUCCACAAGUUUGGAUCAUCCUUGGGAGCAAUUUCCGAAUACCUGAAGGUACCACGUUCAUCUGUACAAAUAAAAGUACGCAAGUAUAAACACCAUGGGACCACGCAGCCAUCAUACCCUUCAGGAAGGAGAUGUGUUCUGUCUCCUAGAGAUGUACGUACUUUGUGUGCGAAAGUGCAAAUCAAUCCCAGAACAACAGCAAAGGGCCUUGUGAAGAUGCUGGAGGAAAAAGGUACAAAAGUAUCUAUAUCCACAGUAAAACGAGACCCAUAUCGACAUAACCUGAAAGGCCACUCAGCAAGGAAGAAGCCACUGCUCCAAAACCGCCAUAGAAAAGCCAUACUACGGUUUGCAACUGCAGAUGGGGACAAAGACCGUACUUUUUGGAGAAAUGUACUCUGGUCUGAUGAAACAAAAAUGGAACUGUUUGGCCAUAGUGACCAUCGUUAUGUUUAGAGGAAAAAGGGUGAGGCUUGCAUGCCGAAGAACAUCAUCCCAACCGUGAAGCGGGGGUGGCAGCAUCAUGUUGUGGGGGUGCUUUGCUGCAGAAGGGACUGGUGCGCUUCACAAAAUAGAUGGCUUCAUGAGGGAGGACAAUUAUGUGGAUAUAUUGAAGCAACAUCUCAAGACAUCAGUCAGGAAGUUAAAGCUUGGUCACAAAUGGGUCUUCCAAAUGGACAAUGACCCCAAGCAUACUUCCAAAGUUGUGGCAAAAUGGCUUAAGGACCAAAGUCAAGGUAUUGGAGUGGCCAUCACAAAGCCCUGACCUCAAUCCUAUAGAACAUUUGUGGGCAGAACUGAAAAUGUGUUUUACGAGCAAGGAGGCCUACUAACCUGACUCAGUUACACCAGCUCUGUCAGGAGGAAUGGGACAAAAUUCACCCCAACUUAUUGUGGAAGGCUACCCAAAACGUUUCACCCAAGUUAAACAAUUUAAAGGCAAUGCUAGCAAAUACUAAUUGAGUGUAUGUAAACUUCUGACCCACUGGGAAUGGAAUGAAAUAAAUAAAAUCUAAAUAAUUAAUUCUC